ACUGUAAUGUUUCAGCUAGCUUACCAGCUAGGGACUCAAUCUCUAUGUAGUAUACACUUAGCAUAUAGCGCGCGCUGAUGAUAACGUUCAUGUACUACUGCUAUCUAGAUCUCCACCACAACACAUGUUGAUAUAAAAAUUGUCAUCAUGUCAUCUGGAUUUGAAGACAGACUAAAGCAACUGGAGAGUAUCGAAACAGAUAUUGCCUUAGUUGUCCAACAUGCAGGAAAAGUGAUUCUAGAACUGUCCAAGGAUAGACCUGUUGAGAAACAGAUUGACUCCAACACCAAAACCUUUGCAAAGACAUUGGAAGCUGUUGAGAAGAGACUCAUGGAGCAGAUCAACUAUCUUUCACAGGUAUCGACGGGACAGCCCCACGAGGGAUCUAGUUACUCGGCUCAGAAAGAAGCCCAGAUGGCGAUACACAGACUCGAGCAUGCUAAGACGAAACUCACGGAAAUCAAGAAAACGCUUACAGUCCAAUGAUCAGGGGUGUCUUUGUGAUGGGGACGUUGUCGUCGUCAUUCUGCUUCAUGUGUGCCAACCAUAGCACAUACCAUGCUGAUGCUGAGAGCAAGAAAAUAAUUCUCCAUCCAUUGAUCACUAGCUUGUUGUUCGUGAUGGACAUUUUCAUGUACAAAGAAGUCCCAGCUUGUGACGAUCGGAGCUUGCUAAGAUGAUCAUGGAGAACUUGAAAACACUCUGUUUAAUGACGACCGGUGUUACCAUUGUCAACAUGGGCAUUAUUGUCAGGCCAUAUUGAGGUACGAGUACAUGAUGAAGCAUGCCAAGACCAAGUUAAGAGAGUUACAAGAGUCAAUGAUCGUGAGCUCUACCAAUAUUGUCAUCAUCUGCUUCAUGAUGAAGAGAUCAAGAACGUACUUCUCAGUCCAAUGACCGAGCAUUUUCAUCAAAACCCUCGUGUAGUUGUCUGCAGAGAGGCGAUAGCAUGCAAGCUGGUAGAGAUGGAGUACACCCAGUCCUGUGAUCAUCUACCUCAUUGCCCUUAGUGAUGCCAUGUCAUACAUCUAGGGCUCAGAAUCUGAUACAGUACAAAAGUAGGAGCAGUGCAGUGAUGCUCAUCUGAUAACAAAUGAACAUCUACAGCAGAUCAAAGAACUGUAGAAUUGAUGAUAUGGUAUUCAUAGGUGCUUGUUCAAGACUUAAAGGCAUCUUUUAACAAUGUUAAAUCUGAGAUGCACGGCCCUACAAGUUAUCAGUGUCUGUGAUAAGGUGUUAUAUUAAAGCCCUAAAAAAAUUGCACUU